UCCAACUUCACGUAAGUAAAAUAACAUAACCUAUAAAAAGCGUGAAGAUUUCGCCUGCAGACACGAUUUAAUAAGUUUUUCGAACAGUAAUCAUGCAAUUACCUCCUGUUUUUAUAGAUAUUACUCCUGAAGAUCAGGCGCAAGAACUUCGAGCAUAUUUGAAGAGUUUAGGAGCCGAGAUAUCUGAAGAGAAGUCUCCAAAAGGUAUUGAAGAUGAUCUCCAUAAAAUCAUUGGUGUAUGUGACGCUUGUUUCCGUGAAGAGAAGGAAGAUGAAGUUGAGACAGUGUUAAAUGACAUCGUGUCAAUAAUGGUUUUGAUUCCAAUGGAAAGAGCAGAGAACAUUAUUCUUGCGUUUUGUGAAAAACUUACCAAAGCUCCUGGUCAGAGGCUCAGUGAAGUUUGUUUGAGAGCAUUGUGGCUUCUCUUUCAGUCUUUAGAUGAGAGGUCACCUAUGAGAUAUCAUGUCUAUUAUCAUUUGAUUCAAAUAGCAAAACAAACUGAUCAAGUUAAAAGUGUUUUUAGAGAUAUUGAACACCUAAAACAACAGUUUGCUCAGUCUCCCCCAUCAAGUGAACAAUUACAAAAGCUGUACCGUCUUUUACAUGAAGUUUUAUUAAAAAGUAAUCAAAGUGAGCAGGCUGCUAAAGUUAUGAUUGAACUUUUGGGAACUUACACCUCUGAAAACGCUUCACAAGCCCGAGAAGAUGCGAUUCGUUGCAUUGUUUCAGCCCUGGCAGACCCUAACACAUUCCUUUUAGAUCCUCUCUUAUCUUUGAAGCCAGUGAAGUUUUUAGAAGGAGAAUUAAUUCACGAUUUGCUUUCUAUCUUUGUAAGUGAAAAUUUACAGAGUUAUCUAAACUUUUAUAAGAAUCACAAAGAAUUCGUUACGUCGCAUUUGGGGCUUAAUCACGAAGAGAAUAUGCGCAAAAUGAGGCUACUUUCUUUUAUGCAAAUGGCUGAGACAAAUCCCGAAAUUACCUUUCAGUCGAUUGAAAGUGAACUUCAACUUGCACAAAAUGAGGUAGAACCUUUCAUAAUUGAAGUUCUUAAAACUAAACUGGUCAAAGCUCGAAUGGAUCAAUCUGCAAGGAAAGUGUAUACUUCAAGCACUAUGCACAGGACCUUUGGUAGGGCACAGUGGCAACAGUUACGAGACCUACUGCAUUGCUGGAAAACGGACCUUCAAGGUGUUCAAGAUCAUUUAAAAACGAUCACUGCUGCCCAAUUAGAAAUGAUGAAUCAGCAAUGAAGAUAUUGGGGAAAACUACAAAGCAAAAAUCAAACUACUAAAACUAAUUGUAAAUACAAAAAAAAAAUAAAAACACAUAAAUUAGUAGACAAACAAUAAGAAUGAUUCAAAUCAUGCAUUUAAUUUUAUACUCAAUUGAUAAAAAUUAAAGUUUCAAGGAUACAAAAUAAAGAGGAAAUACUGUUUAAUAAAAGAAUAAGGUGCAUGCAACCUAUAACGAAAUUAAUAUUCAUCCUAACGUUAAUAGUAUAUGAAAUUACAAAAAAUACAUGAACAGUUUGUUUAAAGUUGCCUGAUAUACAAAAUACUUUCACAAGAAAAGAAUACAAAAGUAUUUGAUUGUUACUUUGUACUUGACUUAAUUCCAUCAGUUUGUUACUUCCAAAAAAGUAUAAUAGAAGAUAUAAGAAUAAAUAAUAAUAAAUAAUUAUUGAAAAG